AUGAGUAGUUCAUCAAAGAUGGUCCUGAUCUCUUUAUUUCUGUUUUUCUCUGUAACAAUUUUUGCAAAGAUUGGAGUGAGCCAAGUUGGCUGCCAGGUACGAAGUAGGUGCAGCGAGCAGGGUCCACUGAUCCGGUUCCCGUUCUGGCUCAAAGACCAGCCACACAGCUGUGGGUAUCCCAGUUUUGAGCUUGCUUGCGUGGAGAAGAAGCAGACCGUGCUAACCAUGCUAGAGCUUCCAAAUUCAGUAAAGCUUUUGGUGAUGAAAUUUCUUUAUCAGUCUCUUUUCAUCUUCAGUGGGAUUGGAGCGAGCCAAGAUGACUGCCAGGUACGAAGUAGUUGCAGCGAGCAGGGUCCACUGGUCCAGUUCCCAUUCAGGCUCAAAGACCAGCCACACAGCUGUGGGUAUCCCGGCUUUGAGCUUGCUUGCGUACAGAAGAAGCAGACCAUGCUAACCAUGCUAGAGCUGCCAAAUUCAGUAAAGCUUAUGGUGAAGAAGAUCAAUUACAAAUCUCAGGAAAUUGUAGUCCAAGACCCGGAUAAUUGCCUUUCAAGACAGCUUCUGAACCUCAAUCCAAAUGCUUCUCUCUUCCGUUUCAAAUUGGAAAAUAACUUUCCCCGAAAAGACAAGGAAGUGGUACAAGACUUCACCAUCUUCAACUGUUCCUCACCUAAGGAAGAAUCAGAUUAUUUUCAGCCCAUCCGUUGUGCCGUCGGGAACUCAGUUUAUGCUGUUCCCUCCUCCUCUAAUCUCCAUUCUUUGGAUCUAUUCUCUUGCCAUGGGAUUUACAGGGCUUAUCUCCCGUAUGAAAUACUUGUUGGGGAAAGUGAUUUUACGAUGACUUGGGAAAAAUCUAUAUGUGAAAACUGUGGGGCACAAGGUAUAAUCUUCGGAUUCUUUAUUCUGAUGCUUGUGCUGGUUGCAGUCUACCAUGUGUAUCGCAGAAAUAAAUCCAAAAAGGAGAAUCAAAUAAAGAUUGAAUCAUUUUUAGAGGAUUACAAGGCUCUCAAGCCCUCAAGAUAUAGUUAUGUGGAUAUUAAGAAGAUUACAAAUAAAUUUAAGGAGAAGCUUGGUGAAGGAGGUUAUGGGACGGUCUACAAAGGAAAACUUUCCAAUGAUAUUCUUGUUGCAGUUAAGGUUCUUAACAAUUCCAAGGGAAAUGGGGAAGAGUUCAUUAAUGAAGUGGGAACAAUGGGUAGAAUCCACCAUAUUAAUGUGGUUCGCUUGGUUGGAUUUUGUGCCGAUGGAUCUAUACGAGCUCUUAUUUAUGAGUUCUUACCAAAUGAGUCUUUAGAGAAGUUCAUAUUUUCAGUUGCUGGGGAGAAUCAUUCACUUGGUUGGGAGAAACUUCAACAUAUUGCUAUAGGUAUAGCCAAAGGAAUUGAGUAUCUUCACCAAGGUUGUGAUCAAAGAAUCCUCCAUUUCGAUAUCAAACCUCAUAAUAUUUUACUAGAUCACAAUUUUAAUCCAAAAAUCUCUGACUUUGGUCUAGCAAAAUUAUGUUCGAAGGAAGAAAGUGUUGUUUCUAUGACCGUAGCUAGGGGUACUAUUGGCUAUAUUGCACCAGAAGUGUUGUCUCGAAAUUUUGGGAAUGCAUCUCAUAAAUCAGAUGUUUAUAGUUUUGGAAUGCUAUUACUUGAAAUGGUAGGAGGAAGAAAGAAUAUUGAUGCUACAGUUGAGAACACCGGUCAAGUAUACUUCCCAGAGUGGGUUUAUUGUCAUUUGAAUCAAGGGAAAGAGUUGAAUAUUCGAGCUGAGAAAGGGGGAGACACAAAAAUAGCAAAGAAACUAACAAUUGUGGGACUUUGGUGCAUUCAAUGGUAUCCAAUAGAUCGUCCUUCGAUGAAAGUAGCAGUUCAAAUGUUGGAAGGAGAGGGAGAUAAUUUAACCAUGCCUCCCAAUCCUUUUGCCUCUUGGGUCCAACAAGAACAAAUAUGA